AUGGAUGCCCUCAGAAAGCAAGCUAGCAAGCUCAGAGACCAAGUUGCCAAACAACAGCAGGCUGUGAUCAAGCAAUUGAGUGGGUCUGGCUAUGAAAGUUCAAAUGUUGUGGUUAUUGAUGAGUUGGAAAUGCAAAGACACCAUCAAUUGGAGAAAUUGUACAGGUCUACCCGCGCUGGAAGGGAUUUUCAGAAAGAAAUGGUUAAAGCAGCAGAAUCACUUACCGCUAUAGGUUAUAAGCAUAUUGAAGCAGGGACAAAAUUUUCUGAAGAUUGUUGCAAAUAUGGAAUUGAGAAUGCUCAUGAUGAAAUCCUAGCUAAGGCUGUAUCUAUCUACGGUGAUGCUCGUAAACAUGUUGAAAAGGAGCAGGAAGAUCUGAAUAAGAUGUUGUUUACUGAGGUCUUGGACCCCUUGCGGGCAAUGAUAAAUGGUUCUCCUUUGGAAGAAGCUCGUCAUCUGGCUCAGCGUUAUAGUAAAAUGAGACAAGAAGCAGAAGCUCAGGCAGCAGAGGUUUCUAGAAGACAAGCACGAGUAAGGGAAGCUCCAAUACCUGAAAAUGUUACAAAGCUGCAUUCUGCUGAAGCUAAAAUGCAGGAGCUCAAAGCAAACAUGGCUGUUUUAGGCAAAGAAGCAGCCGCGGCAUUGAGCUCUGUAGAAUCUCAGCAGCAGAGGCUCACAUUUCAGAGGCUUGUAGCAAUGCUUGAUGCAGAAAAGAUGUAUCACGAGAGAGUUGCUGCCAUUCUCGGUCAGAUAGAAACUGAGGUGGUAUCCGAGAAGCAAAGGAAAGAGUCUGCUCCUCCUGUGGUUCUACCCAAUCAUUUACCUGAAAAGACUAAAUAUUUUCUCGCUGAGGCUGUGCAAGCUUUUGAUGCUGAAUCCGAAAAAGAAUUAAGCUUGGCGGUUGGGGAUUAUGUCGUUGUUCGGAAGGUAAGUCCAUCAGGCUGGUCAGAGGGCGAAUGCCGGGGCAAAGGAGGUUGGUUUCCAUCUGCAUUUGUCGAGAGACGCCAACGACUUCCUUCUAGUAAUGGGGCAGCUCAAGCUUACUAA